GUUGGCAACGGAGGAAAUUUUGACGACCACAAGUUUUGGCGAGUAUGUAACCACCAGUCAGUCACCAUUGAUGGAAGUCGAGGUCUAUCUCCAUGGCGAUGCUUAUCUUCUCCCGCACUCCAACUGUCACAGAUCGCCGCCGCUCCGUUUCACUCACUCCCGUCCGAUCUUCUUCUCCGCCAACCGUCAGAUUUUCCACUCUGAACACCGUUGCAAGUUCCAAUGGGGUAAAAACCACAGGUGCCGCAGUUAUUUGGUACAAAAGCGAUCUUCGUGUUGAUGAUCAUCCAGCUCUAUUUGCAGCUUCUAAACACUCGACGGUUGUUCCGCUGUAUGUCUUCGAUCACCGGAUUCUUCGCGACUUCAAUGAGGAAUUCUUUGAGCUUCUGCUGUUUGCUGUGAAGGAUCUGAGAGAUUCGUUAAAGGAUUUGGGAUCUAAUCUGAUGAUCAGGUUCGGGAAGACGGAAUCUGUUAUUCAAGAUCUUGUAAAAGAGGUUGUUACCUUGAAGUUUGGGUUGGAACAGGUUAGGGCUGCCAAUGUUUACACACAAGAAGAAGUGGAAUAUGACUCGCGGUUGGUGAUUGAUAAAGUUAGAGAAAAUUUAGGAGAUGUGUUUUUUGAAAAAGAUUUUCCUAAAGUAUCGCUAUGGAGUACUCCUUUUUAUGAUAUAAAGAAUAUGAUGGACCUUCCAUUGUCAUAUGACGAGUUUCAACGAUUAAAGCUGCCUGUGCUUUCGCCCCUUUCAGCCCCAAAUUUACCUGGUGUGGUGCCAGAUUUGGAAUGGGGUCCUCUACCGACACUUAAUGAUUUGAAGGAGUUUAUGGAUGAAAGUCCAUACAAGCUAAAAGAUAGCUGGAGUUUGAUCAAGAACACUUCUGCUGAAUAUGUACUGCAGAAUGAUAGGAUUCUUAUGUCAGGUGGUGUGGCUAACAGUCAGGGCAGUUUGAACUCCGUUGCUUCUCAAAUCAAGAAAAAGAAAUUGAAAAAAUCAGCAUUUAUAACAAAACAAGGAAAUUUUGUUGGAGGUGGAACUAGUGAUGUGCUUAAUGCAUUGGCUGCAUAUUUGAAAUAUUUUGAGGGUACCGCACGGGAUGAUUGGCAGGAAUUGCAUGAAAGAUUACGUAAUGCUGAAACCCGUGAAGGAGCUUCAUUUGGUAUCCUUUUUGGACCUGUCCUUCAGCUUGGAGUCGUCUCUAGAAGAAGAGUAUAUAAUGAGGCCAUUAAGUAUGAGAAAGACCGAAAUGGUGGAUUCCUGUCACCCUUUGGUUACUCAUGCUUCACUAUAGCUUCAGUAGCUGAUCAUGUUUGCUCAAGAGAGUGGUAUCAUAUUUUGGCUUCAAGAAGUCAAGUGGAUUCCACCGAAAGAUAUUCUACUCGUUACUGGAGGUGGAAAGGUCAUCUAAUACAGUAUGCUGUUAUGGGUGGUGAAGGUCCUGCUAUCCUUCUUGUACAUGGUUUCGGUGCGUUUUUGGAGCAUUACCGUGACAAUAUUACUGACAUAGUUGAAGGUGGCAACCGGGUUUGGGCCAUCACACUUGUCGGUUUUGGCAGAUCAGAGAAACCAAAUGUUGUAUACACUGAACUUAUGUGGGCUGAGUUACUAAGAAAUUUUAUAAUUGAUGUUGUUGGGGAACCGGUUCAUCUUGUUGGGAACUCGUUUGGAGGCUAUUUUGUAUCUAUUGUUGCUGGCUUGUGGCCUGCUUUAGCUAAGUCUGUGGUGCUCUUAAAUAGUGCUGGCCAUUAUAUUCCAGGAUAUUCUUCUGUACCUCCUUCUAAGGAAAGGAAAACUACAGGGAUUGCAUGGUUAGGUGCCAGGGGACUUUCAUUCUACCUGAGACUGAGCUUUAGGAAUUUAGUAAAGCGUUGCUACCCGACUAAAACAGACCGUGCUGAUAAAGGGCUCCUCAAUGAGAUGGUAAGGGCAUCAUAUGACCCUGGUGUUCUGGUGGUCCUUGAAAGCAUCUUCACUUUUGAUCCUUCAAUCCCUUUGAAUUAUCUACUCAAAGGAUUCAAGAGAAAGGUCCUUAUUAUCCAGGGCAUGAAAGACCCAAUAUCAGAUUCGAAGACCAAAGUAACUGUUGUUAAGAAACACUUUAAAGAAAUUGCAAUUAAGGAGCUAGAUGCAGGCCACUGCCCCCAUGAUGAGCUACCAGAGGAAGUUAACUCCAUCAUCCGCGAAUGGGUGAUCAAUAUUGAAAGUGAGCCCGAGAUUUUGAAACAAACAGCCAAAGAUGGAAGCCGAAUUGCAGCAACCUGAGAAUUGCUCGAGCUUUGCAUUUCUUCUUACCAUGAAACUGGGUAUUUUUUGAACCCGCGCAGUCUGCGUUCCCAACUUAGACAACAUACAAGAUGUACAUAUUUGGAUUCUAUAUUUAGAAAUUUUAACAGUCAGUCCAAGUUCUCCUUUUGUUUUAGUGCCACUCGAAAAUUGCUUGGCUGAUUGAAUACAAACAUGAGCUUUUGUAAUUCCUCUUCAAUAUGAAUCAUAGAAGCUUGACAUUGUUUUCUCCAUCUAAA